AUGCCGUUUCCAGUUACAACACAGGGAUCACAGCCACCACAGAAGCACUAUGGCAUUACCUCUCCCAUCAGCCUAGCAGUCCCCAGUGAGAUUGACUGCCUGCUUACACAGAAACUAAUUGAGACUCUGAAGCCCUUUGGGGUUUUUGAAGAGGAAGAGGAACUGCAGCACAGGAUUUUAAUUUUGGGAAAAUUAAAUAACCUCGUAAAAGAGUGGAUACGAGAAAUCAGUGAAAGCAAGAAUCUUCCACAAUUAAUUGAAAAUGUUGGUGGAAAAAUUUUUACAUUUGGAUCUUACAGAUUAGGAGUACAUACAAAAGGUGCCAAUAUUGAUGCAUUGUGUGUUGCACCAAGACAUGUUGAUCAAAGUAACUUUUUCACCUCAUUCUAUGAUAAGUUGAAAUUACAGGAAGAAGUAAAAGAUUUAAGAGCUGUUGAAGAGGCAUUUGUACCAGUUAUAAAACUGUGUUUUGAUGGGAUAGAGAUUGAUAUUUUGUUUGCAAGAUUAGCACUGCAGACUAUUCCAGAAGACUUGGACUUAAGAGAUGACAAUCUGCUUAAAAAUUUUGAUAUAACAUGCAUAAGAAGUCUUAACGGUUGCAGAGUAACCAAUGAAAUUUUACAUCUAGUACCAAACAUUGACAACUUCAGGUUAACCUGGAGAGCUAUCAAACUGUGGGCCAAACGCCACGACAUCUAUUCCAAUAUAUUAGGUUUCCUUGGUGGUGUUUCCUGGGCUAUGCUAGUAGCAAGAACUUCCCAGCUUUAUCCAAAUGCAAUAGCAUCAACUCUUGUACAUAAAUUUUUCUUGGUAUUUUCUAAAUGGGAAUGGCCAAAUCCAGUCCUAUUGAAACAGCCUGAAGAAUGCAAUCUUAAUUUGCCUGUAUGGGACCCAAGGGUUAGUGUAUUAUUUUUUCCCCUACAAAUUCACACUCUGCAAUAA